AUGGCACACCAGAGGCAGAACAGAGCUCUUAUAAUUGUCAACUCCAUCUUCUAUGGGAAGGAAAACCAUCUUGAGAAUAGGCAAGGUGCUGAGAGGGAGGCAAACAAGCUCUUUAUAGCAUUAUCCAAUUGCAAUUACGCUGUGCAAUUGCACCAUAAUUUGACAGUUACAGAAAUAGUAACGCUUUAUGAGAAAGAAUGCCAGGAGAAUCACGGUGACUAUUUUGUAAGCAUUAUAUCCAGCCAUGGGGAUGAAGGCAUCAUAUAUGACUGUGAAGGACAACCAGUUCAGCUCACACAGAUUUACCAGGCAUUAUCACCGCAAAGGUGCCAUAACCUGGCUGGAAAGCCUAAAAUCUUCUUCAUACAGGCCUGUCGUGGAGAGGAAAUUGAUCCAGGUGUGGAAACAGACGGCGCUGCACCGCAGAUCAACUGCUUUUCACACUAUUCCGCCAUCCCAGAAGAUACUGCAGUCAUGUUUGCUUGUAGUCCAGGCUACGCAUCUUUCAUCAAUCGAUGGGAAUCCAUGUUCCUCAAGGUCUUGCUGAGGUUCCUAGAAGGAGAGGAACGUCAUCUUGAACUUACCAGUUUCGUGACCCGGAUUAACUUCGAAGUUGCCUAUAAUUGCCAAGCAAGAGGACGAUACGGCGGGGGCAAAGAGAUGCCCUGCUUUGUCACUAAGAUGGUGAGGGGGAUGUGCCCCUUCUCACAAAGACGGCAGGCUUUGGGCCAUAGCCGAGUUCUCUGAUCACCCAGGAAGGAAGG